AUGCGGAAGCUCGACUGCAAUCAUAAANCCAUAAAGAUUUUGGAGUAUUUGAAGGCAAGUGGUUCACCAGUGGAGGUAACAGUAAUCUCAGAAGCAUUUUCACCUAAUACCACCGGCGAUGGUUCAGCUGGCCUAUGGGGUCCUUAUCUGCUCGGUGGCACCCCCACCAACAGAGUACAUCGCUGGUCGAAGAGUAUGCAUGAAUUUCUAGAGCAAAUCUGGUUAUCUGAUGAUGCUGGUGAGGCAGGCGUUUGUCUUAUACCCUGCAUUAGAUUGACGACUACCACGAUGGAUAAUGAUGUAUUUUGGAAGGAUAUUGUUUAUGGUUGUCAAUCGCUGACACCGAGGCAGUUGGAUGAGCUGAACAAAGGAAGAUCAAAGAAGUAUACCUCUGGCCUGCACUUUGUUACCUACACUUCCGAGCCUAUGAAGUUAUUGCCUUAUUUAAUGGAACGUUUUCAACGAAAUGGCGGCAAUCUUGUGCAACGCAAAAUCAUAAAUCUGGAGGAGUUUAUAUCGAAAUCCGACUACGAUGCGAUUAUAAACUGCACUGGCUUGGGUUCGCAACUGUGUUGUGGGGAUGGUGGUAUGUUUCCGGUGCGGGGACAGGUGACACGGGUCAAGGCAAACUGGUUGUAUUUUGUGCUGUUGGAUGAGAGUGAUGAUGGCAAUUACAUAAUUCCAAACUGCGAAUCGGUCGUUUUGGGUGGCACCCAUCAGGAAAAUGAUUACAACACAAAAGUAUGUCCAAAUGAUAAAAGCUUCAUUGUUGAUGGCUGUCGAAAAAUUAUACCGGGGCUAGAGCAUGCACAAUAUCUUUACGAUUGGGUGGGUCUACGACCAGGACGUGAAACGUUGCGUUUAGAGGCAGAAAAACGAGGCAAACAAAUCACUAUACACAAUUAUGGACACGGCGGCAGUGGAGUCACACUGGCUUGGGGUUGCGCCGAGGAUGUUUUAGAGCUGCUGAAAAAGGACUUGCAAGCGUUUAAUCCAACAAAAUCCAAAUUGUAACCAAAGUCGUAAUAAACAAUCUGCCUUAUCCUGAGUUUCGCCUGAAAAAAAAUUCACCCGAAAAUUUGUCAUCCGCCCAGAGUAAAACCAUGGAAACCGAGAGUGAAAAGUGAACCGGUUCGGGGAAAAU